UCUCUCUGUCUCACUGUCUCCAACUCUAUCGGCGAGUACCAGUAAUUGGUCCCCUCUCCAUCUCCUCUCUUUCUCCAAAACAGUGACCUGUGGUCCAGUUCAGUGAGAGCAGUGAAGGAUUCCAAACCACAUCUCACUCUCUAAGUAAAAACGGCCAUUCCCACAACACCAACAAAUGUAGAUUUACAUUCUCAACUGAACUGGAUCAAGCUAAGUAUUUCUGAUUCCAAGGGUCUUGUUUUUUUUUUUUUUUUUGAAGUACAUUUUUAAUGUCAAAAACUACUUGUAUUAGAAAUGUGAGGGUGUUCCUUUGAUUUAUUAAUAAGAAAUGGAUCAUACAACACUAAUAAGUCAAGGUUUAUUUUCAUCAUCCACAAAUAACAACAACAAUUCAUCAUUUACUAGCAACAAUAAUAAUAGUAGUACUGGUUUAGCUGAGAUUUGGCCAUUUUCAUUAGGAGUAGGAGGAGGAGGAGGGGGUGGAGAAUCUAGUAAUGGUAUUUUUGGGAAUUCUAAAAAGAAACAUUUCUUAGAACAUAAUUUGAGUGGAUUUGGGAAUCAGAGUAAUGGGGUUGCUGAAGAAUCAACAGUAACAACAGAUCAGAGUGGUAGAAGAAAUAAGAGAAGAGAUUUGGGAUUGAACAAUAAACCAACAACUUCUGAGGAUGAUGGUGAUGAUGAAUUGACUAAGGAAAUGAAAGAUAAGCGGUUGAAAUCGUCGGGAUCUAGAGAAGAUAAUGGCGAUGUGAAGUCGGAGAUGGAAGCGAGUUCGGGCGAGGGUAAUAAGCCAGCCGAACAAACCGAAGUAAAAAACGAACCCCCGAAGCAAGAUUUCAUUCACGUUCGAGCGAGAAGAGGUCAAGCUACUGAUAGUCACAGUCUAGCCGAGAGAGCUAGAAGAGAAAAGAUCAGCGAGAGAAUGAGAAUUCUCCAAGAUCUUGUCCCUGGAUGUAAUAAGGUGAUUGGGAAAGCUUUAGUGUUGGAUGAGAUUAUUAAUUACAUCCAAUCUCUACAGCGUCAGGUUGAGUUCUUGUCGAUGAAACUUGAAGCGGUCAAUUCAGGUCCCAGCCCAAGCACCGAAGGAUUUCAAUUUAAAGAUUUUGGUGCACAACAAGCAUAUGAAACUACUGGAGUAGUUUACGGGUCACAGGCGACAAGAGAAUACAUCCAAGGUGGAUCCCCAUCAGAGUGGUUACAUAUGCAGGUUGGUGGCGGUGGUGGUUAUGAAAGAACAGCGUAAGAUAAACAUUCCCCGCUCGUCAAUGGCAAUAUCAGGGUAGCAUCUUCAUCUGAUUAUCAAGUAACAGUUACUCCCUCGUCAACCUUCUUACUCCAUUUCUACGUCCUGCUACGGAGUUGUGUCUCUGUUGAUAUUUAUUAUUAUUGUUGAUAAUCGAUAAAAGAUGUGAGCACCCUUUCCAUUGUUCUAUGCAUCCAAAAUAUCUCUGCAUUCCUUAUUAUUCUUCAUAUGUAUCAUUAAAACAGGAUUUUAGUUCCUGCUGCUAUUGUAUUAGUGUAAACUACAGAGAACCAUCUGACAAAUGAAUUGACUUCCUUCUAACUCUCUAAGGAUGAAAUGUAUCACUUCCUAUUACCCAGUUUUUGUGUCA